AUGGCUGUGAAGUACUCAAAACAGCUGCUGCUGAUAGUGGUUGUUGCUGUCUUUCAUACAAAAACAGCAACUCAACCGAUGUCACAUCCAAACUGUCCAACAAUGUGCGGUUCGGUCACCAUUCCUUUUCCAUUUGGAACCACCAAAGAUUGUUCCCUAGACAACACUUUUCUCAUCAACUGCAACAAAACAUCUUCAACUACAUCAAACUCAACAGCACAAGUACCUUUCUUGCAAAAAACCAAACGAAGGGUCCUAAAUAUCUCACUCGAUGGUGAACUGCGCGUUGCAUGGCCAGUAGCCAGCAAUUGCUACACUGAAAAGGUUGCACUCGUGGACCAAAUACCUCAGGAGAUCAUCAUGACUUAUUUUCCCAUCUCGCCAACUCGAAACAAGUUGAUAGCAGUUGGCUGUGACACAUUUGGAGUAUUCUUCGCAAUGGAUUCUGGUGGAGAAAAUUACACCAGUGGAUGUGUGACUUUGUGUGGCAGGCGUGAUGAAAUUGUGGCCAAUGAAUCUUGUUCUGGCACUGGCUGUUGCGAAGUUUCAAUACCCCACGGUCAUGUGCUGACGAGAGUAGUCUAUGCAUCUCAAAGCAUAUUCAGUAACCACUCUUCAGUACAUAACUUGGGUCCAUGUGGUUAUGCAUUUUUGGUUGAAAAUGGAAACUACAGGUUGGAAUACAAAGACCUCUUCAAAUUGGAGAAGGAGUUUCCAGUGGUGUUGGAUUGGACAAUAGGGAACAAAACGUGCGAGCAAGCAAAGAAGGAUAUUUCAAGUUAUGCAUGUAAGGCAGACAAAAGUACAUGUUACCAUGCAGGAACCAAAAAACUUGGUUAUCUUUGCAAAUGCCUUGAAGGAUAUCAGGGAAAUCCUUACUUCAAUCAUGGUUGCCAAGAAAUCAAAACUGACAAAUUAUUCUUAGAUAUUGAUGAAUGCAUGAAAUCCAAUGAUUGUGUUAAGGGAGCAACAUGCCACAAUUUUCCUGGAAGCUAUCGUUGUAAAUGCCCAACAGGAUAUGAAGGAAACGGGAAAAAUAAUGGAACAAGAUGCAGUCUCAAAUCAAGAAAAGAGCUCAUGUUGAUCAUUGCAUUGAGUGUCUGUGUAAGCGUCGUAGGACUAUUAAUGGGAAGCAUUUAUGCAUAUUGGGUAUUGAAGAAAAUAAAGCUCAUAAAACUUAAAGAACAGUUUUUUCAACAAAACGGUGGCUUACUCUUACAACAACAGCUAGUGAAGCAUGGAGGAUCAGUAGAAGCAACUAAAGUCUUCACUUCUGAGGAGCUAAAUAAAGCAACCAACAACUUCGAUGAAGAAAAUAUCAUAGGCCAAGGUGGUCAGGGAACAGUUUACAAAGGAGUUUUACAGGAUAACAGAACCGUAGCAAUAAAGAAGUCGAAAAUCAAUGACUCGAGUCAGGUUGAGCCGUUCAUCAAUGAAGUGAUCCUACUCUCUCAAAUCAACCAUAGAAAUGUGGUAAAACUAUUGGGUUGUUGUUUAGAGACAGAAGUCCCCUUGCUUGUUUACGAAUUUGUUUCCAACGGUACUGUUUAUGAGCAUCUUCAUGAUCUAAACCAACCUUUAAAGCUUACUUGGAAAAUAAGACUAAGAAUAGCAAAAGAAACUGCUGGAGUCCUGGCAUACUUGCAUUCUGCGGCUUCUACACCGAUCAUACAUAGAGAUGUGAAAUCCACAAAUAUACUACUAGAUGAGAAUCUCACUGCAAAGGUUUCUGACUUUGGAGCUUCAAGGAUAGUUCCUCUUGAUAAAUCUCAGAUAACAACUCUAGUGCAUGGGACAAUGGGGUAUCUUGACCCAGAAUACUUCCACACAAGCCAGUUAACAGAGAAGAGUGAUGUCUAUAGCUUUGGGGUUGUCUUAGCAGAGCUACUGACAGGAAAGAAAGCAUUGUGUUUUGACAGGCCAGAGGUAGACAGAAACCUUGCACUGUACUUUGUUUCUUCAAUGAAAGAAGGUCUUCUAUUUCAUAUUCUGGACAAAAGUAUUGAUGAGCCGAAUGUCGAGCAUCUUAAGGAAGUUGCAUUAAUUGCAGAAAGGUGUUUAAGGGUGAAGAGUGAGGAAAGACCAACGAUGAAAGAAGUGGCAAUGGGACUUGAAGGAAUAUUAGUUAUUGAAGAGCAGUGUUGGGGAAGUGACAAUUUGCCUUCGGAAGAGACUGAAAACGUGCUCAAUGGAGCACCAUCUGUUAUCAAUGUUGAAGAUAGUGUUGGCGGAAGUGGCAUUAAUUCUUCGUAUUCAUAUGGUACAAACCAGAUUUUGAUGUCAGUGAUUGGUGGAAGAUGA